UACACUUUUUUAGUUCCUUCUUUUAGAGCUAGGCGGUUCGUGUCGCACUUUGGUAUAAUAUCAGCUGUUUUCUGUGGUUGUUGUAUGGGAACAGAAUAAACUUAACUGAUUUUAAAAGAAAAUGAACAUUUCCGAUUUAAAAUCUGCCUUAAAGCAGUUAGGUGCCAAAACAUCUGGAUCGAAGCAGCAGUUGGAAAAGCGAUUAAGUACAUGGAAAGAACAUGGACUUGAGAAAACCUUAUUCGAAGUAGAUUUAAUGAAAUGUGUACCGAGCGAGGAAUUCCCAACGAGUGCUUUGUUUAAACCGUUGAACACUUAUUCCGGAACUGCAUUGAUAAGCUACGAUGCAAUUCAUAAAUGGUUUUCGGAUCGACGAGCGCUUAAAGGAAUGCAGAAAGGCCGCAUAUUAGCGAUCAAGUUAUUCAUUAAAUAUAGUAAAACAUAUAUUGAUGGGAACAAGUAUUAUUUACAAUGUAAGUGCUGUGCGGAACAAAGGAAAACUUUCGAAUACAAUGCUUGUGUUCAGGAGCAAGUCAGCAAUAGCAGCGUUGGCAUCACCUUUUUCUUGAACGAUUGGCAGCACUAAUCAUGAUAGAUGUGAUUGUCGAAUUUCUGACAGCGGUUUAAAAAGCGCUUUCGUAAUUUGCUGCAUUUAUUUUUGAGGUUAAGUUAAUUGUUUACUUUUGUUUUUAACACGCUAGACAUGGAAUUAGAUUUAUUAUUAGAUAAGUGGAAUGUGGUUACCAACGAAAAUGGAGAGGUUACAAUUAAUGGUUGUAACAUAGUUUUACAACAUAAGCAAACACAUGAAAUAGGGUACAUAGAAAAUACAGAUGAAAAUCAAUCGAUGUUAGGACUGUCUAUCCAAAACGAAGACACAUCUGAAGCAGACGUGACAGAAGACACAACAAAUGAGUUGCAAGGUGUAUCCGAGGACUCCCAAAACGAUGAAUAUUGGAACCAUGAAGAUACGCAAUAUCUUUUAACGUUAUAUGCCGAAAACAUUGACAAAUUUAGAAACACCAAAAUUAAAAAGAAAGAUUUAUGGAAGCAAAUAGGGUGCAAGAUUGGCAAAUCAGACGUAUUGUGUGAUCGUAAAUUUCGGAAUUUAAAAGGUACAUAUAUUAAAUUGGUAAGGAAGAAACGCAAAACUGGUGAAGCACCCAUAAAGUGGCCAUAUUUCUCCCUGAUGCAAGAUAUUUUAAAUCAAGAUGUCAAUAUUAACCCUGUUAAGUAUUUAAGACCUAUUACAACUAUAUCUUCACCAAGUCCAAUAAUUAACGAGUCAUGUGUGCCUCCCAGCUGUACCAGUAGAGACAAAACCAAUACGCCUUCAGUCCACACAACUAUCUCAUCAAUUACUAAUAAGUCAUUGAACGUGUCAUCCUUGACUGCCACUAAAGAUUCAACAAAUACACCACCCAACAGUCGAUCCCAAACACCGAGUACUUCCACGCCUGAUGGUGAAGAAACGAAUAAUGUUCGUGCGCCUACAAUUCGAAAGCGAAAGUUUGAUAAGUACCGUGAAUUGGCUGCCGAUAUAAAGGAACGCCAAACAAAGAUGGAAUCCAAAAUAGAUGUAAUGAAUGAGAUAUUAAUGAAAAGCAAUAAAAUACAGGAAGCCAGAAAUAAUUUGCUAAAACAAUAUCUUGAACAAAAAAAAUAA